AUGUCUAAUUUAUCGUGUUUGGACUUGAUCAGAUCCACCUUGAGGGAAGAUGAAACUCAUGCCCAUGUUUUCGUCAUUUUUGGAGCUUCGGGGGACUUGGCGAAAAAGAAGACAUAUCCUUCUGUGUGGUGGCUCUUUCGGGACGAUUUGCUACCACACAACACGUACUUUGUUGGGUAUGCUAGAUCGGCCCUGAGCGUUCAACAAAUACGUGCAGCAACUGAACCUUAUAUGAAGCUUGCAUCCGCUCACAGUGAAAGGCUGGAGAAGUUUUGGACAAAGAAUUUCUACCUUAAAGGUGAUUACUCCAAGCCUGAAGGAUUCAAAGAACUGAGUCAGUUUAUCGAAUCCACAUGGGGUGAAAACGUGAACCGAAUUUUCUAUUUUGCUACUCCACCUUCAGUAUACAUUCCAUUAGCGAGGAAUAUUCACGAAUACUGCCUGCCGAAGAAUACCUCGGCGUGGGCUCGCUUGGUCAUUGAGAAACCAUUCGGGCACAAUUUGGCGUCUUCAAAUGAGCUAUCUGACCAUUUGGCUGCACUUUAUUCCGAAGACCAGAUCUACAGAAUCGACCACUAUUUGGGGAAGGAGAUGGUGCAAAACCUCAUCAUCUUACGAUUCACCAAUAGAAUUCUGCACGCUCUAUGGAACUGUGAACAUAUUCAUAAUGUAACCAUAACACUCAAGGAGCCCUUUGGAACAGAAGGUCGGGGCGGUUAUUUUGACGAAUAUGGGAUUAUCCGUGACGUUGUCCAGAAUCACCUAAUGCAAGUUUUAUGCCUGAUCGCAAUGGAAACUCCUCGAACUCUGAAGGCAGAUGACAUCCGUGAUGAGAAGGUCAAAGUGCUCCGCUGUGUGUCUCCUGUUUCACCUGAAGAUGUGGUCAUUGGCCAGUAUGUUGCUGAUCCUAAUGCUAACGGUCCCCCGGCUUCGAGAUCCUACAAGGAUGACCCAACGGUGCCAAAAGAUGAGUAA